AUGAUUAUGUACAAUGUCAUGUAGCUGUAGGCUGUAGCAGUAAGAGUCAUAAACUUUUGGUAGCAGUCAUCUCUUGUCUGCUCUUCGAGUCCGACAGCCUGUCGCAGUCGCUCUGGCUGGCAUUUGGCAAGGCUAGCUAGCUGUGACCUCCAAAAAAAGCAGUACGCUAUACGAGAUCUUCGUACUUCAGACGCUACAAAUGCGUACAACCAGUGAUUCCAAACCUUUCAAAAUUUUGUUGUCCUGUCCUUGCAUUCUGGUCUGGCGUUGAAGGGAAAGCGCACGAAACUGAAUUCAGAUUUGAGCUCUACGCAGUUCGUCAAAGUUUGUGUUCGAGCUAAGUACAUGAAGUAAAGCCGUAGAAGAGUGAGUGUCAGGUUGUUCCAGCCCUCGUGCUCUAUCACCGUUAGAUUGGGGCGCGGAACAUUUUGAAAUCUCUGUCAUCAUUUUGAUUAAUUUCAUCAUGAGCGGACACUUCGGUGACCUGAGCCCCAAGCAGAGUGCAGCGUUGCUGAAGCUGCGUGAGUGUGUCGCCGAUGUCAAAGAUCAGUUCGAGGAAGAUGAUGACUAUUACUACUUGCGCUGGCUUAGAGCUCGAAACUUUGAUGUGGAGAAGACAGAAAAGCAGCUACGAGAUCACAUCGUGGCAAUGGACACCUGGAAGUUCAGCACCGUACUCGACUGGGAAGCGCCACUAGUCAUACAGAAGUACUUGACUGGCCGCCUGCAUGGCUAUACUCGUGAGGGUCAGCCCGUGUUCUGGGAAAGAGUAGGACGCCUGGAUCUGCGAGGAGUGGUGCGUGCUGCCACGCGUGACGAUACGGUACGAUACCGUGUACGCCAGGGCCUGGAGAUGAUGCAGGGGAUGAAGGCGCAGACAGAGAAGCUUGGGCGCCGAAUUGACACUUGUGUUGUCAUAUACGAUAUGGAGGGCCUCUCGAUCCAGAAGCACUUUGCACCGAAGGGUAUCCAGUACGUUGUAGAGAUGGUCAAGGUGUUUGAGGCGAACUUUCCUGAAAUCCUUGAAGCGGUGUAUAUCGUCAAUGUGCCUAGUAUAUUCGACCUUGCCUACAACAUCGUCAAGCCGUUCCUGAACGAGGUCACGCGCAAGAAAGUCAUGCCCAUACCCGGAGCCCCCGAGGUGUGCUAUGAACGACUACGGGAGCUUAUCGAGCCCAGCAUCUUGCCAGCGUGCUAUGGUGGGUCGUUUGUGCCGGAGGAUGGCGACAUCAGCUGUGACUCACUGCUUGUGGGCAGCGCUCUUGUGCCGCGCUCGAUGUACUUGAAGGCGUCCAAAGUUCCCGUCAGCGAGGAGAGUCAGACGGUGACCGUGUCCCGGCGUUCCACUUCACAGGUUGAGAUCGAGGUGACGACCGCAGGAGCCAAAUUAUGGUGGGGCUUUGCAUCGGAAGGCAAUGACAUUGCGUUCAGCGUGCUGCACAAACCCAGUGAGCACGCCGGUGUGAAGCAGCAUGCUGGACAGAUGGAGGAGAUCGUGCCCAGUCGCCGGGUUGACAGCCAUGUGAAUUUCGAGGAGGGUAGUGUCGUCUGUAAGAAAGCAGGCAUAUAUGUCGUGCGCUUUGACAACACGUACAGCUGGACUAAAGCCAAAGUUGUUCACUACCUGGUGAGAGUCGAGGAGCCAGGUGAUAAGGAACCAGUAUCACCAACUGCUUCACAAGACGCUGUAGCGGCCACUGCUUCAAGAGAAGCGGCGGCUGCAGCUGCCACGGUUGCGGACGUGUGAGCUACAAUUCGUCUCCUUACCGCCCUUCUAGCUCCUUUCCGAGUGCCGCCCUGCCCAUCUCAGUGUAAAGCAUGGCAAGUUGCAGCUAUCUUCAUUAUUAUGCUGUCUGGGUGCUCUCUCUCUUCUCUCUCUCUCUCUCUCUCUCUCUCUCUCUCUCUCUCUCUCUCUCUCUCUCUCUCUCUCUCUCUCUCUCUCUCUCUACCUCCCUCGGUGAUGGUGAUGUGGAAUUCUCCAAUACGAUGUGCCUCACUCCCCGUGUGUCAAGGCGGUAGUUUCUGACCAAGACUCUUUGUGACGUGUACCUGUGCAGUCUUGUCUUGAGGCCAUUUCUUUGAUGCUCGGUUCAGUCAUAAGUUACCAUACAGUACAGUGAUGAUUUUCACUGCCACGAAGUGCAUCAUUCUCACAAGUCUCUCUUGUCUUCAUCACUUUCGGCGUUUGUGUCUACAUUGUCGUUGGUUCACACGUUACGUGCAGGUCUGGGCAGAAAGCACACUUUUUGCUGCCCGUCCAACCCGCAUACCAUACUCAAAUAACAUGUAUGCUGUGGCCCGGAGAAUCAACACCGUCGGGAAUACAUAGUCAUUGCGGCCAACGCUGACACUGUUAGGGGCACGAGCCAACGGGCCCGGUGCUCCUCGCCGCAUUCCGUUAACAAUACUUUUAAAAAUACCACACUGCCCUACAUUGGCUGUUAUCCCCAUAGGUCAUUUCAUACUCGUGAAUCGUCUGAAUCAGUGGUUACUGGGUCUACUGUGCAUGCAAUGCAUGUACCUCAUUGGCCUACGUGUACGACUCGUACCAGUCAGCAUGCUGCUUCGGCUGCUUUAUCCCAGUAAAUCAAAGGCUCUACUUUACACCUCGUGCAUGUAUGUUGCUUGCUUCUACGUUGUGCUGUUCCCACGAAGAGUAUUGGGGCGGCACAAUAAUCUAAGUUUUUUUAAAUAGUUGAUUUUCCAAUUGUAGUUUUUUUUCGCCUAGAGAGUAUUUUUCGGUCUUUUCUUAUCAGUAUCCGUGUAGACUACUAUUACUGUGGCCUCUGCCCACUCUUACACGUUACUGGUGUGAUCUAUUUAAUCCCGUGGAGCCAUGCAGCUCCACUGUGUCUACCCGCUAUGUAACGCUAUUUUCUUCUACUCCAGUCAUAAUUUUCGUUCACCUGACCUUGAAUUCCGAUUUUGCGUCCUGGGUGGACGCUUGUUUUUUAACGGCUCAGACAAGUUUCUGAACAAUGUGAAUGUAUGAAUCAGCAGUAUCUACUUUC